AUGAACAAGUUGGCGUCUUUUUGCGAAGAUGCUCAGAAGGAUGAACUGCACCAUGUUUCUGGCAAACAGCACCAGAAUCUGCGCAAGCGCUUGCGCACGAUGGCCGCCGAGAACAGACAGCACUAUCUUUUCCUUUGGGCUGCUCACGCCAACUGCAAGACGUGCUCGAAGGCUUGGUUGUCUCGCGGGGCGGAUCUGGACAGAGGCUCGGGCGGCACGGACGCUUGUGGGCAAUGGAAUGCUUUGCGCUGGGCAGAGGAGGCGCAGGCAGUCGACACGAUCGCUCUCCUCCGGGAGGCGACUCGGGCGAGAUCGGCUUCCGAUGGCAGCACUUCUGCGCGACCCGGAUUGGGAAACCAGAGUGGUGACGUGAAGACAAGUCAGCCCAGUGCACCGGUUCUUUUCGCCGGAGCCUUUAUGCAAGCCGGCGUGCAACCAGGAUCGGGAGGCCAGUGUGCUGGCGCGAAGUCCAGUCAGCCAGACGAAGCGGUUCCAUUUGUGGCAGUCUGUGAGGAAGCCGAUCAGCCUUCCUUUAAAGCAAGCCGUGUUUCUGAAACGUCGAAUACUGAGAGCGAAGAGUCGUAUUCCCCGGUUGUGAUGAACUGCAUCGAGGAUUUCUUCCAGGCCUCCGAUGGUUGCGCUGCUCAAGUGUUUGCAGCGGCUUUGAGUGGGAAUCAAGAAAAGCUGCAAAACCUGCUUCGCCAAUUUCCCGUGCUGCAAGCGCGACCGAGGGUGUGUUUGGCACAUCUGCCCGAGGUAAUGGAGUUUUGGACAUUGAGAGAGUAUGUGUUUUUGGCUCGACUGCGGGCGUACGAUGCAGGUUGUGAAGAGAGAGUCGAGGCGUUGUCCGGUGUUUUGAUCCUCUUGGACAAGGCGGAGAAAGAGGAGGCAGAAGCCCUGGCCGGCGUGUGGAGGCAGAAACGAAUGAACGUUGCCGAGUCGCGGCUGUUCCAGCAGACCAUUCAAGGCAGAGUUUUGGUUUCGUUCCAGCCUGGAUGCUCGGCCUCUCAGUUGAAGGUUUUCAACGCCAUCCUGCAUCGCAUCGCGCCUUCGCAGCUGCAAAACCUGUUGCAAGAAGAGCCCGAGGAGUCGACGCCGUUGAAAACUCGAGAGGAUCUUGGUCUAUGUUGUCAUCCACGGUCUCGGCACUGGCCCUUGCGCACAUACGUGCUUGCAAAGAUUGCUCUGGAGCACAUCGCAGAAAACAUAGAGAAUUUGCAUGCGGCUCUAAAGAUGUUGCGUACCUGGGAGACGGACCUUGUUGAGGCUGCGCAUGCACACUUUCUCCAGAGCUCCGCAGCCGUCCACUCGUUGAAGAUGCUAUUUUGCAAGAAUAAGGCUGACAUCGCGAGGUCUCGGGCUGCAACACGCCGUGGGACCCGGAUUGGGAAGCCGGUGUAA